CCUGGGGACCGAGGGACUGGGGGACGGGGGAAACGGGGGAGGCCGGCGCUGGAAUGCAGUUUUCUCGGGCCAAAGAGACUUUGCACCGGAGUGGAGAAUAGUUUGGGGUGGGGUUUCGCACCGUCCCCUCCUCCCCACCCCGGGGCCCCUUCCAGGCGCGUUCUGGGAGCUUUCAGAACUGAGCUCUGAAGUUUGCAGAGAGCAGGGAGCUUGUGCCGCCGGCAGGGACAAUGGAAGAAAACGAAAGCCAGAAAUGUGAGCCGAGCCUUCCCUCCUCAGCAGACAGCAGACAGAUGCAGGAACCAGGAAAAAGCAAUCUGCAUGUCACGGCGGUAGAAGAUGCAGAAUGCCGCAGAACCAAGGAACGCCUUUCUAAUGGAAACGGGCGUGUUUCCCUCUCUAAGUCUUCCCGCAAUAUCCCACGGAGACACACUGUAGGUGGGCCCCGAAGUUCCAAAGAAAUACUGGGCAUGCAGACAUCUGAGAUGGAUAGGAAGAGAGAAGCUUUCCUUGAACACCUAAAACAGAAGUACCCACAUCAUGCCACAGCGAUCAUGGGCCACCAGGAGAGGCUGAGAGACCAGACAAGAAGCCCCAAACUAUCUCACAGUCCUCAACCUCCCAGUUUGGGCGACCCAGUGGAGCAUUUAUCAGAGACGUCGGGUGACUCUUUGGAAGCCAUGUCUGAGGGGGAUGUUCCCAGUCCCUUUUCUAGGGGCAGCCGGACUCGAGCCAGCCUUCCUGUGGUGAGGACAACCAACCAGACAAAAGAACGGUCUCUGGGAGUUCUCUAUCUCCAGUACGGAGACGAAACCAAGCAGCUCAGGAUGCCGAAUGAAAUCACAAGCGCAGACACAAUCCGUGCUCUCUUCGUAAGUGCCUUUCCUCAGCAGCUCACCAUGAAAAUGCUGGAGUCGCCCAGUGUCGCCAUUUAUAUCAAAGACGAAAGCAGGAAUGUCUAUUAUGAACUGAAUGACGUACGGAACAUUCAGGACAGAUCGCUCCUCAAAGUGUACAACAAGGACCCGGCGCAUGCAUUUAACCACACACCCAAAGCUGUGAACGGAGACCUGAGGAUGCAGAGAGACAUUGUUUAUGCAAGAGGAGAUGGCCCUGGUGCCUCUCGACCUGGAUCCACGGCUCACCCACCCCAUGCGAUUCCAAAUUCUCCACCAUCCACUCCGGUGCCCCAUUCUAUGCCCCCGUCCCCAUCCAGAAUUCCCUAUGGGGGCACCCGCCCCAUGGUGGUUCCCGGCAAUGCCACCAUCCCCAGGGACAGACUCUCCAGCCUGCCAGUCUCCCGAUCCAUCUCCCCAAGCCCAAGCGCCAUUUUAGAAAGAAGAGAUGUCAAGCCAGAUGAAGACCUGGGUGGCAAAAAUGUCGCCAUGUACAGAAACGAGGGUUUCUACGCGGACCCUUACCUGUACCAUGAAGGACGGAUGAGCAUCGCCUCGUCCCACGGUGGGCACCCGCUGGACGUCCCCGAUCACAUCAUCGCGUAUCACCGCACAGCCAUCCGGUCAGCGAGUGCUUAUUGCAAUCCCUCUCUGCAAGCCGAGAUGCAUAUGGAGCAGUCCCUGUACAGACAGAAGUCAAGGAAGUACCCUGAGAGCCAUUUGCCUACCCUGGGCUCCAAGACGCCUCCCGCCUCUCCGCACCGAGUCGGUGACCUGAGAAUGAUAGACAUGCACGCUCAUUACAAUGCCCACGGACCCCCGCACACCUUGCAGCCAGACCGGGCCUCGCCAAGCCGCCAGUCCUUUAAAAAGGAGCCGGGCACCUUGGUGUAUAUCGAAAAACCGCGCAAUACCCCAGGAUUAUCUGGCAUUGUGGACCUCGGCCCCCCUCUACUUGAGAAGCAAGUGUUUGCUUACAGCACUGCUACGAUCCCCAAAGACAGAGAGACCAGCGAGAAAAUGAUGAAAACCACAGCCAGCAGAAGCCACACUGACGGUGCAGGUGCUCCCCACAUUUCUGGCGGGAAGACUCUCAGUGCCCUGGAGUCCACAGGGCCGCCCAGCCAGCCCCUGCCUGCUGGCACCUCAGCUGUGCACCUGAGCCUGCGGGACAUGAGGCGGAACGUGGCUGAACUCCGGCUCCAGCUGCAGCAGAUGCGACAGCUCCAGCUGCAGAACCAGGAGCUGCUGAGGGCCAUGAUGAAGAAGGCUGAGCUAGAAAUCAGUAGCAAAGUGAUGGAGACGAUGAAGAGACUGGAGGAUCCUGUGCAACGGCAGCGCGUCCUGGUGGAGCAAGAGAGGCAAAAAUACCUUCAUGAAGAGGAGAAGAUUGUCAAGAAGCUCUGCGAGUUGGAAGACUUCGUGGAAGACUUGAGGAAGGACUCCACGGCAGCUGGCCGGGCGGUUACCCUAAAAGACGUGGAAGAUGGGGCCUUCCUCUUGCGACAAGUGGGAGAAGCUGUAGCUACCCUGAAAGGGGAAUUUCCCACCUUGCAAAACAAGAUGCGGGCCGUCCUGCGCAUCGAAGUGGAGGCGGUGCGGUUUCUGAAGGAGGAGCCCCACAAGCUGGACAGCCUGCUGAAGCGGGUGCGAAGCAUGACCGACAUCCUGACGGUGCUACGGAGACAUGUUACCGAUGGGCUCCUGAAGGGCACAGAUGCGGCCCAAGCUGCCCAAUAUGUUGCUAUGGAAAAGGCCACAGCUGCAGAGGUCCUGAAGAGCCAGGAGGAAGCAGCCCAUGCCUCCAGCCAGCUCCUCCACAGCACUGGCGUCCCUGGUGAUGUGAAGUCGGAAGUGGUAUCCAUGUCCGCCAUGACAGUUCACCAUGCACAGAGCUCUCCCGUGGUCAUCCAGCCCUCCCAGCACUCCUCGGCACUGCUGAACACUGCGCAGAACUUGCCUGUGGGAACUGGUCCUCAUUCAGCCAGCCCUCCUGCCGUUUCACAGGAAGUCACCUCUGCACUGCAGUCAACACAGGUCCCUCAGUCCCCGCAGACACCCAUGAAUGGUUCCGCCAUGCAGAGCUUAUUCAUUGAGGAGAUCCACAGUGUGAGUGCCAAGAACAGGGCAGUGUCCAUUGAGAAAGCAGAAAGGAAAUGGGAAGAGAAAAGGCAAAAUCUAGACCACUAUAAUGGAAGCUCCUAGAAGAAGCCCAGGCCAACAUCAUGAAGUCAAUUCCAAACCUGGAGAUGCCACCAGCCUCAGGUGCACCGCCAAGGGGAGAGGCUCCAGUGGACAAGCUAGAACUUUCUGAAGACUCUUCAAAUUCAGAACAGGACUCGGACAAGCUGGGAGGGAAGUCACCUCCUCCUCCUCCCCCACCGCCUCGGCGAAGCUACCUGCCUGGGUCAGGGCUCACUACCACGAGAUCGGGUGACGUGGUCUACACUGGCAGGAAGGAGAGCACUACCACUAAGACAAUCAGCGAAGAUGCGGGACCAAGCCCACAGACUAGACCCACAAAAUGUCCAGCAGAGGAGCCGGCUCCGGCCUGGACCCCAGCCUCCCCACCAGUCACUACUGUCUCUUCAAAGGAGGAGGAAGAGGAGGAAGAGGAAGGGGACAAAAUAAUGGCAGAACUCCAGGCAUUCCAGAAGUGUUCCUUUAUGGAUGUAAAUUCAAACAGUCAUGCUGAGCAGGCCCGGGCCGACAGUCACGUUAGAGACACUAGGCCGGGCUCCACGGUCCCAGCCAAGGAGAAGAAGGGCGCCGGCGGGACCCCCCAGACGAGCAGAAUGCCAGUCCCCAUGAGUUCCAAGACGAGGCCCGGAAGCCUGGACAAGCCUGGCAAGCAGUCCAAGCUGCAGGAUCCCCGCCAAUAUCGUCAGGCUAAUGGAAGUGCUAAGAAAGCUGGUGGGGACUGUAAGCCUACUUCCCCCUCCUUACCUGCUUCUAAGAUUCCAGCCCUUUCUCCCAGCUCUGGGAAAAGCAGUUCCCUGCCCUCUUCUAGUGGUGACGGCUCUAACCUCCCUAAUCCACCUGCUACUAAACCGCCGAUUACUUCUAACCCUCUCAGCCCCCAAACAGGACGAUCUGCUCACUCCGCCUCCCUCAUCCCUUCUGUCUCUAAUGGCUCCUUGAAGUUCCAGAGCCCCACUCACCCAGGGAAAGGUCACCAUCUCUCCUUCUCACUGCAGACUCAAAACGGCCGAGCAGCCCCUCCCUCCUCCUCCUCUUCCUCCCCUCCCUCCCCUGCCUCCCCCACCUCACUGCAUCAAGGUGCCAAGGGCAUCAGGACCAUCCAUACUCCUAGCCUCACCAGCUACAAGGCACAGAACGGAAGUUCAAGCAAAGCCACCCCACCCACAGCAAAGGAAACCUCUUAAAGGCCAGAUCUUAUUAGGCACAAGUUGGAGAUCCAUUUAAAAAAUUUUUUUUUCUUUGAACAGUCUGCAACAACUUUUUCCAAGAGAAUGUAAUGUAUCGCUGUACUGUUUGAGGCUAAAUGCUAAGAAUGUGCUAGAUACUGGAUUAACCGAUCGCAGUCAAGCUUGUUUGGUUUCAUUUUUUUCCCUUCGUUGCUGUUGUGACUACAUAGUGUUCACUGUUACCUUGGAUACCUAUUCAAUGACGUAAGCAUGUGUUGUACAGAGACUAUGGUGAGAGAGGAGGGUGUGCGAGCAACAGGAAACUGUUCAGCAUGUAAACCAUGUAUGAUUCCAGAAUUUUAGUAUGUUUUGUAUAAAAAUAUUUUUCAUUACGGAGACUAGAAGUGAACAGAGAAAUACACAAGUGUGACUAUACAAAUUGUAAAACAGAUACUAUAAUAUGUCCUCUUAUUUUAGUGUUAUUUAGUUUUAUUACAGAUUUCUAUUUUUGUCAAAACUCCACAGUUCCUUUCAAGAUCCUUUUUGCCAAAACAUUUUGAUACGAUUAUAGCAUUGUACAUUUGAAAGUAGUGUGCUAGACUCGAAGCCAAUGAACUUCUACGCGAGCCAACAGGGAGACCUACGUGUAGAAGGCAAUUUAUCAAACUAUUGCACUGCCAUGGAAAGUAUAGAUAAUCAUUUGCUAGCCCAAAUGAACUCGUUUCUUUGCUUGCUUGCUUCCUUGCUUUCUUCCUUCCUUUUUUUUCUUUCUCUCUCUCUUUUUUUCUUUUUUUUUUAAACAUAUUGAGAUUCUUUAGUUGUUUUCUUUGCACCAUCUAACCCCUUCCUUUGUUUUCUGAGGCCUGGUAACCCACACUAUUGCAUUGUGGAUUUUAAAAUGUACACUUCUGUACGGUUCUGUAAACUGAUCUUUUGUAAAUAUAUAGAUACCACUAGACAUAAAAAUACUGUAUG